AUUCUAUUUUCACCUCUCUCAACCCAUCAUUAGUAUUUUUUCUUGGAUCAUAAAAUUUUCAAAUAGAUAAACCAAACUCAUCAAGAAAAGUUUAUAUUCACAUAAAAAUUUUCUUCAGCAACUUUGGGGAGGGGUAAAAUUUUGCACUUAGAACAUCCAAAUAUUCUCUUCCCCGCUCUAAUCUCAGCCUCAGUCUGAACCUAAGCUUUACGAAAUCAAAAGAUUUCUUACAUUAAAGUUAUAUUUCAAAAUUGAGCUUAGGGUGGAAUGACGAGACCAAUUAUCAUACAAUCGCCACCAUCAUCAUUGUCACUUGACAAACGUCAACCACUUUUGUCUAGUCAGGAUUCAUCUCCAUCGUCCCACGGUGGCGGUAGCAGCGGAAGAGUUGUUCGGAAAGCGAGGUUAGCGGAGGUUGCUGGUGGUACAACGGCGGAAUGUGCAGCUGUGGCUUGUUGUUGUCCUUGUGGAAUAGCUAACUUGCUUGUUUUAGCUGUUUAUAAGGUACCUGCAGGACUUUGCAAGAAAGCAAUAAGGAAAAACCGCCAGAAUAGGUUGAUGAAAAAGGGAUUAUUACCUAAGAAUGGACAUUGUAGCUGUGAUGAAAUGGAGCUACGUGCUUAUCAGAUAUCGAACCCGAUAGCGGUGGUUGGCGAUGGCGGAAACCUAGCUUCCGAUAAGGAUGCGGCGGAGCUGGAGAAAGAAAUGUGGGACAAGUUUUAUGGUGCUGGGUUUUGGAGAAGCCCCUCUCAACGAAGUGAAAUAUAAUGAUGUGGGGAUGAAUCAGUGAUCAAUAAGAGAGGGAAAUUGUUCUAUUUUUUUCCUUUUUUUUCACUCUUCUUUGUAAUUAAGACUGUUUCUCACUUGUAUCCUCCACCAAUCCAUCUUUGUAUUAUAUUUUUCAAUUUGUUUGUUAUAUUUUUCAUUUCAAGUAUCAAAAUCAAGUGUAUUGUUCAAAUCCAA